CGCACUCAUGCGUUGAUAACUAAAAAUUUACUCUCGAGUCGUAUUUCAUAAAUGUAAAAUAUUGUCUUUUUUAUUAUUUUAUAUUUUUAAAAAAUAAAAAAAAAGAUAUAUUAUUCACGUUCGAGAUGUAGCAAAGCGUGUGCAAGAUGUGUGAUACGAUUAAGGUUUGAAAACCGUUGAUUAUUUUGUUCUAGAAAUGCAAUUGCGUUUGCUAAAACAAAAGUUUUUCAUAUUAGAAAAAAAAUUUCUUUAUUAGACAAAAUUCAUAGAAUAUUUAGUUCUAUGAACUGGCAUAUUUUAAUUAUUCGCUGUACGCAUAAGCCAGCCAGCAUGGCGCAAGAAGCUACAAACAAAUUAUUUAGAGAAGAUUUUGACGCCGGUCCUUCCAGUUACGAUGAAAUUAUUUCUGGUUUAUUUCUUGGAAAUCUUACAGCUGCCACGGAUGUCGAAUGGUUGAAAGAAGCAAAAAUAAACUAUAUACUUACAGUGGAUUCUUGUCCAUUACCUAGGAAGAUCCAAGAGCUUUUGCCAAAUUUGACUGUAAAGUACAUACAAAUUACAGACAUGCCACGCGAAGAUCUCCUGACUCAUUUUGGAGAUUCUUACGAAUUUAUAGAUCAUGCUUUAGAAUCGAACAAUAAAAUAUUGGUGCACUGCUAUUUUGGUGUCUCUAGAUCAGCCACAUUAGUAAUUGCGUAUUUAAUGAAGAAGUAUGGUAAAAGUUUCUCCGACACGUUUGAAGUUGUGAAAGAAAAGCGACGUUUUGUUGGACCUAAUGCCGGGUUUCUAGCUCAGUUGAAACUUUACGAAGAAAUGAAUUUUGGUAUAGACAGUACUAGCGUCCAAUUUAAGAUGUACAAAUUGCAAAUUGCUGCCGAUAAAGUUCGGAAAGCAAAAAUUUUACCACAAAACUGUACAGAAUUGAUAAAACCGGAUCCAGCUCUUGCUACGGUACGUCCAGAGCCCACGGUUUAUCGGUGUAAAAAAUGUCGGAGAAUCGUGGCUAGUGCUAGUAACAUUCUACCGCAUAUGCCGAGGGAAAAACAAAUCUGGAGGCAUAUAAGUACAAAGAGAACGUCUAAGCAAUCAAAACCUUCGCACGAGCCUGUGGAACCACAGAAGAAAGAGGAGCAACAGCCUGCAGAGCUUUGUACUAAAAUAUUAUUUGUAGAGCCAUUGGCUUGGAUGCCCGAUAUAACGCAUAAGGUCGAAGGAAAGUUGAACUGCCCAAAAUGCAGUACAAAAUUGGGUUCUUUUAGUUGGAUAGCCGGCAGUCAGUGCCCAUGUGGCAGCAAAAUAGCACCCGCGUUUUAUUUGGUUCCUUCCAAAGUGGACUGGAGCAAUGCUGUACAAAAUGUACAAGUAACUGUAUAGUACUAGAGACGUAUUUGUAUAUUUAAGAAUUUUUGGACGGACGAUAACAUACUAAAGAACACAUUUUUGGAAACUUUUUACGUGGUUGUAGCUCGUUUAGUACUAUAAAAGACACGAAUAUGACCAAUACAUCUAUAAAUUCUAAUUUUGUGCCAAUAUUCACGUACUAUAUGUGUACAAGUAACCAUACUUGUUUACGACUGUAAUUUUAGAUGUUUCUUGCCGCAACAAGUGAACGUCCCGUUCUUCCGUACUUCAAUAUUUGUAUUCGUAUACAACUUCCUUUUUUUUACUAUUAACGUACAUAUA